AUGCAGUCUCGCUUGUUGAUCCACAUGUCGCCUCACCAAGCCUCCACCCACUCUCAUUUCAUAAUUUACAGACACCAGUUGUCGGGUAAUGAUGCCCUCCAUUCGCCGCUCUCCAGCUCCGAAAUUCCGCGCCGGCCUCUCUCUUCCUCUCUCUUUCUCUUUACUCCUCUCUGUCUAUCUCUAUCCCUCUCUUACGUACCCUUUCUUUUCCUUGGUUUUCCGUCUAUAUCUCUUUUUUAUUUUCUUCUAACUUUAUUGGCACGUUUUUUAUCACCUCUCCCUCUCCGCCGCUCUUUCUUUCUUUCUUUGUGUUUUUUUUUUUUUUUUUUUUUCGGAGGGGAGGAGGGUAGUAGUUCCUUUUCCUAUCGAGUUUUCUUCUUUUACUUUCCUAUUUUGCUUGUCCUGCCUUACAUUUUUCGUUCGUUCUUUCUUUCUUUCUUUCUUUAUUGCUUUCUUGCUUUCUUUCUUUCUUUCUUUCUUUCUUUCGUGCUUUCUUUCUUUCAUGCUUUCUUUCGUUCUUUCUUUCGUGCUUUCUUUCUUUCUUUCGUUCUUUCUUUCUUUCGUGCUUUCUUUCUUUCAUGCUUUCUUUCUUUCUUUCGUGCUUUCUUUCUUUCGUUCUUUCUUUCUUUCGUGCUUUCUUUCUUGUUUAUUUUAUUUUUCCUAUCUAUAUCACUAUUCAGCGUUCUUUCUUAUUUUCUAUCUUUUAUUUCAUUUCUUUCUGCCUCUUUUUUUAAUUCUUUCUUCCUCUUUCAUACUCUCGUUUCUUUCUUUCUUACUGUCUAG